AUGAGUGCCGCAGAAGUUGCCGUGCUUGAGGGGAGCGAGCCGUCCAUGGCAAGGGUCGCCAGUCCCACCUCGGUGGCAGGGGCGGCCUGCGCCGGUGACAAGGUCGUGCAAGGCGCUGUGACAACCACACGCCGCACGAUGAAGAUCGCAGGUCUUGCCCUCUUCGCUCUGGCCUUUGCCUUCGCAUUCUUCGGUUGGCCCAAGAACCUCUUGGAGGAUGCAGCCACGCACAGGAGGGUCUUAGCAGCGCUUUUCAUCACCGGCAUCACGCUCGUGGCGCUGGAGGAUGUUCUGCGACUGGACAAGUCGGCGAUUAUGCUUGUCUUGGCUUCCGU